AUGGUGAUCAUAGUCAAGGACUACACCUUAUCCAGAUAUCCAGAUAACGAUGUCAACAUCCACCCCGCUACGAGUGUAAACUGCUUCGGUAUUGGGGGAUCCAAUGCGCAUGUCCUUCUGGACUCAGCAGCCUCUUAUGUCAAUCCCGCGGCACAAGAAAGCCCACAAAGUUCCCCGAGUGUGAAGCUCCUUGUUACAUCGACAAAUGACCAGGACGCCCUGAGCAGACGGAUCGACUCCCUGACACAUUUUGUCACCCAAAACAAGCCGAACGAGGCCGACUUGGCUUAUACGCUUGGUAAGCGGCGAGAGCACCUGAGCCACAGAGCAUUUGCACUCUUGGAUCCGAAGCAGCCACUGUCACCUGCGUCAUUUACCAAAUCCCAGGAUCCAGUGCACGACGUGUGCUUCGUAUUCACGGGUCAAGGGGCUGAAUGGGCCGGCAUGGGCAAGGGGCUCAACCAAUCCCCUCUGUUUCACGAGACUAUACAGGAACUUGACGGCGUUCUGUCGUCCCUAGAGGAGCCCCCAGCCUGGAGCAUCAAAGAAGAGUUAGCCGAUGGCAGCCGGGUCAACGAAGCAUAUCUCAGCCAGCCUCUCUGCACGGCGCUGCAGAUUGUACUGGUGAGACUGAUGCGAAGCUGGGGUGUUCGCCCAAGCUCGGUGCUCGGCCAUUCUAGCGGGGAAAUCGUGGCCGCGUAUGCAGCCGGAGCGAUCACCGCGAAAGCAGCGAUUCUCCUCGCCUACUACCGUGGUGUUGUGGCGACACAACUCAACACUUGCGGGGGGAUGGCAGCUGUUGGCAUGGGCGAGCCCGAGGCCCGUCCGUACCUUCAGGAUGGCGUGGAGGUUGCCUGCGUGAACAGUCCUAAGUCGGUCACACUCUCAGGCGAUAGAGAUGCCCUUGGAGCCGUCCUGGAGUCUAUCCGCAGGUGUCGACCAGACGUAUUCUGUCGAAGACUACCGGUCAACGUGGCCUAUCAUUCCUACCACAUGCAGGAAAUUGGUGCAAGGUACAAACAGUGUAUACAGCCUCACGUCAUCCCCUCUUCAUCGAUGGUGCCCAUGUACUCCAGUGUCGACUGCCAGGUGAUUGACGAUCCCCAGCGACUUGAUUCCGAAUACUGGUGGAGGAACCUGAGACAGCCUGUCCAAUUCUGCCGCGCGCUUCAAGAUCGCUUCAAGGAAGGUACCGGCAGGAGUGUCCUCGUCGAGAUAGGACCUCAUUCAGCGCUCUCGGCUUCUAUCAAGCAGACUAUUCAGGAGGCGCCGGAACGGGGCAAGGACAUUGACUACAUUCCCACACUCGUCCGGGGAGAUGACCUAUUCCGAUGCAUGUUAAGAGCGGCAGGACAUCUGUACAUUCGGUCCGUUCCAAUCAGCUUGGCGGCGAUCAAUGGUCCAGGUACGGUGCUGAGUAGUUUGCCGUCAUAUCCAUGGCAGCGAGAUAUCAAGGAUGUGGCCCGAAAGCCGGAUGACACACACCUGGAGGUUUCGAAAGUAUCCCCACUACGAGCUUCUAGGGAGUAA